AUGGGUCUGAGGCACUCUAAGGCUCACCCUAGGGUGAUCAAAGUAGCACCUUUGCAAAACAAAGAAGAAGAGACUGCCCCGGCAGGCCCUGUGGACUUCGCAUUCAAACAGAACCUGGAAGAAAAGAGCUCAUGUUCAUUGCCAAGACUGCAGGACCAGAGCAAAGCUUUGGAAGGAUCACUGCCACCUCUACGAGAAACCUGGUAUGGAAGAUAUUCUACAGUUUCCAGGGCCAUGUAUUUUGACAUCCCACUGGAACAGGGAGAAACAAGUAUUAUUAAAAGGCAUCCACCCCGAAGACCUCAAAAGCUGGAACCCAUUGACCUGCCACAAGUUAUUACCUCUGAGAGGCUCCUGAGCCAGCGAGAAGCCGGGACCAGGCACACAGCAAAGGUAAAACUGGAAAAGAAAAUGCAAGCUCCAAUGUAUGCUUCUGGGAAAAGACAAUAUUUACAUAAGAUGCAAAUGCUGGAAAUGAACCGUAAAAGGCAAGAGGCCCAAAUGGAGUUAAAGAAAAGUCUUCAUAAGGAGGCAAGAAUUAGCAAUCAAAAAUUGAGAGACCAUAAAGCUGAGAAAAUCCUUCAACGCGUCCCAAUGCAUGGUGACUACGACCUCCUAACCACACUGCCAGAGAAAAUGCUGAACAGACGUCUAGGAAACGUAGAAAAUGCAGAAUUUUUGAAGCAUCAAGCAAGAAAUGACUAUCGUACCCGGAAAAUUGGCAAAAUGGAAAAAUGGAUUCGUGAACAGGAGGCCCGGGGACAGCUUUUUUGGGAUAGGUCUAGCUGUGACUCAGAUGAGCUUGGGAUAGAUGAGAAGAAACCACAAGCAUUAGUGAGGACGAGGACGGAGAGAAUUCCACUUUUUGAUGAGUUUUUUGAUCAAGAAUAA